AUGGGCAUCUGUAAGUUGCGACUAUCUCGGCACGAUCUGAAUCAUCACAUGCGGCUCCGGGUUACUGACGUACUGAAGUACUGGCAGCGGGCAGCGGGCAGCGGGCAGCAGGCACUGGGCACUGGGCGACAGGCAGUAGAUGGUAACGGCAACUUGUCCCGCCAGAAAGGGCUCUGCUUCAACACCCGAGUCAUACCGGAAGACGAUGACUCGCCAGUUCAACUCGACUUGCCAUCCGAACCACUGGUGGUGGGUGGGUUGCAGUUCAGCAUCCGCGAUUCCCGGAUCCCGGUCACAGCAUGUCAGUGA